CUACGUCACAGAGUUUGCCCCACCCUAUCCCCUCCUUUCUGGACUCCGAGCUCAGUUCGCGCAGUAACAAAUGAAGUGCGCGCUGCGACACCUCCCAGCUCGCUAGGCUCGGCCGCCAUUUCUUCGCCUGGCCUAACGGUCCGGCCAAUCCCAGCGUGCAUCGAGGAGGGCUAAGGCUCCACCAAUUGGAGGCCGCCGAUUCCAACCCCCUUGCCUCGGCUCGGCCCAAUCCAGGCCUCGGACCCGUCGCCCCCGGCCCGCCCCCGCGGCGCCCUCUCUCCUCCCUCUUUGUGCGUCUCGCGCCGCCGCCGCCCGCCGCGUGAGAGGACGCGCUCCGGGGCAGCGCAGUCGGGUCCCCUCCCCCCGGAAGAUUCGCGAAGAAGAAGCCGCCACCGCCGCCUAAAAGGAGCCGCCGGUGCCGGUCCCCGGGGGCGCCAUGGCGACCGGAGCGAACGCCACGCCGCUGGACUUUCCAAGUAAGAAGCGGAAGAGGAGCCGCUGGAACCAAGAUACAAUGGAACAGAAGACGGUGAUUCCGGGAAUGCCUACAGUCAUCCCCCCUGGACUUACUCGGGAACAAGAAAGAGCUUAUAUAGUGCAACUGCAGAUAGAAGACCUGACUCGUAAACUGCGCACAGGAGACCUGGGCAUCCCCCCUAACCCUGAGGACAGGUCCCCUUCCCCUGAGCCCAUCUACAAUAGCGAGGGGAAGCGGCUUAACACCCGCGAGUUCCGCACCCGCAAAAAGCUUGAAGAGGAGCGGCAUAACCUCAUCACGGAGAUGGUUGCCCUCAACCCUGAUUUCAAGCCACCUGCAGAUUACAAACCUCCAGCAACACGGGUGAGCGAUAAAGUAAUGAUUCCACAAGACGAGUAUCCAGAAAUCAACUUUGUGGGGCUGCUGAUUGGGCCCAGAGGGAACACCUUGAAGAACAUAGAGAAGGAGUGUAAUGCCAAGAUUAUGAUCCGGGGGAAAGGGUCUGUUAAAGAAGGGAAAGUUGGCCGCAAAGAUGGCCAGAUGCUCCCUGGAGAAGAUGAGCCACUUCAUGCCCUAGUUACCGCCAACACCAUGGAGAAUGUGAAGAAAGCUGUGGAACAGAUAAGAAACAUCCUGAAGCAGGGUAUUGAGACCCCUGAGGACCAGAAUGAUCUACGGAAGAUGCAGCUUCGGGAGUUGGCUCGCUUGAAUGGGACCCUUCGGGAAGAUGAUAACAGGAUCUUAAGACCCUGGCAGAGCUCAGAGACACGCAGCAUUACCAAUACCACAGUGUGUACCAAGUGUGGUGGGGCUGGACACAUCGCUUCCGAUUGCAAAUUCCAAAGGCCUGGUGACCCCCAGUCAGCUCAGGAUAAAGCACGGAUGGAUAAGGAAUAUUUGUCUCUCAUGGCUGAACUGGGCGAAGCGCCAGUGCCGGCAUCUGUGGGCUCCACCUCGGGGCCCGCCACCACGCCCCUGGCCAGUGCACCUCGGCCUGCUGCUCCUGCCAACAACCCACCUCCACCGUCUCUCAUGUCCACCACCCAGAGCCGCCCACCCUGGAUGAAUUCUGGCCCUUCAGAGAGUCGGCCCUACCAUGGCAUGCACGGAGGUGGUCCUGGUGGGCCUGGAGGCGGCCCCCACAGCUUCCCACACCCAUUACCCAGCCUGACAGGUGGGCAUGGUGGACAUCCCAUGCAGCACAACCCUAACGGACCCCCACCCCCUUGGAUGCAGCCGCCACCACCACCGAUGAACCAGGGCCCCCACCCACCUGGGCAUCAUGGCCCUCCUCCAAUGGAUCAGUACCUGGGAAGUACGCCUGUGGGCUCUGGGGUCUAUCGCCUGCAUCAAGGAAAAGGUAUGAUGCCGCCGCCGCCUAUGGGCAUGAUGCCGCCGCCGCCGCCGCCGCCCAGUGGGCAGCCCCCGCCCCCUCCCUCUGGCCCUCUUCCCCCAUGGCAGCAGCAGCAGCAGCAGCCUCCGCCACCCCCUCCGCCCAGCAGCAGUAUGGCUUCCAGUACCCCCUUGCCAUGGCAGCAAAGUGAGUGGACUAUUUUGGGCUUGUGGGGGUGGGUGGGAUGGGGAGGUGGGGCUGAGAGCAGGAGAAGCUCACGGCUCACAGAGGCAGGCAGACACCCAGGCAGGAGACGCUGCUCUCUGCUGGGGGUGCAGGCAGAAAGGGCCUCAUGGCCCCUGGGGGUCUUGGGGAAGAGAGCUGAUGUUUGGCGUGGUUGUGUCUGGGGAGCGGUUUUGGGGGACCUGGAGGGAACCUGCCAUCGUAGGUAGGGUGCCAGAAAUCCAGGCUCUCACUGGCUGGGCUGUGUGAGCUGCCGGCUGCUGGCUGGCCCGAGCCUGUGUGUAAGGCCCGGGUGGGGAGGGUGCUUGCAUGCUGCGCAAGGGACGUGACUGGGGCCUGAGAGACGGCAGGGAUGGGACCGGGCUGUGGGGAGAGUAGCUGUGGCCUUGAGGUUGAAUGUGCCGUUCGGUGGUGGCGGCGGAUGGGCGGAGGGAUGUCAGAGCCGGUUCUUAUGUCUGGUACCUCCUCCUCAGCCCUUCCAGGGGCACUGGUGACAAAGGGCUUGCUCUGCUAAGCCCAGAGACCUCGAGGCUGACCCCAGGGUAG